UGCGAGUUUUAAAGACCGUAAGUUGGCAAAGCGAGUCUUAGAUAUGAGAAUGGUCCCACGAGCCCAUGACACCCGAUUCGAUGCAACGAUUUGGCCUCUUGGGAGGUUGUUUCCAGAAAUACUGACGUCCCUGUAUACACCGAUGAUGAUAAGAAAGUGUCGGAAUGUGAUACGGUGUUGAUAUGAGCGUCUCCUGAUAAUAAAAUAGUGUCGGUGGAGUGGAUACGUGCGCGGUGCGAGUGCAGUAUAUGGGAGCACUGACGUCGUCAAUGCUCCGUCUCUCGCCCCUUCGUCCACAGUGCCAAAAGUUUUGCAAUGUGAAAGUAUGGAAUUGUGCCACGCGCGUCAAAUCCUGUCGAAUUCCUUGGGUUAUGUAGAUAUGGUGCUGUGUGGAACGCAGACGGAAAAUGUGUUUUUUGUCGUACCAUUUGACCUUACGUUGUCGACAUGCAUGCCGUUAACGAAAUCAUAUCCAUAUUGGAGAAAAUCAAUAUUACAAAAGAGUUGUUGGAGACCACCCGACUGGGCAAGCACGUGAACGAGCUACGACGGAAGACCUCAGAGCCGACCCUCGCACGCCGCGCCAAGGUGCUCGUCAAGCGAUGGCGAGACCUCGUCAUACCUGCCACAGCCUCGCCUCACCAUGCCGGCUCGAACCGGUCGUCAGCGGAGCGCACGAUGCGGCGGCUCGGCGGCACGCCCAUCACCUCCCCGGCCUUCGCCCGGCAAGUAGUAAGCCCGGCAGUGCCCAGUCCUCGUCCCCCCUCGAGACCUGCGUGGGGCGGCUACGAGUCGGACUCGCAGGACGUGAUCCUGGUGGACGACGACCCGCCGCCCGCCGCGCCCGCGCCCUCCCCCUCGCCGCUCACGCUCGGCGCGCACAAGCCGGCCUCCGACCCAGCGAAAAGGCCGCUCUCUCCCGAACCGCCGAACGAUGACAAGAAAGCAAAACGAGACAAAAAACCCAAAAAACGAAGAGGCCACAGCCGCGCCGGGUCGGGCACGGAGGCGGCGGCGGCGGGCGGGACCACGACGCCGGCGCCGGGCACGGGCGGCGCGUGGCUGGGCCGCAACGGCGCGCCGCCCGGCAAGAAGAACGGCGUGCGCGGCGACCUCGACCCCUACGCCGCGCUCGUCAACAGGAUGCCUCCCGCUGGGGCCAAGAAGGUAAAAACAACAAAGGAGCUGCUAGCGCAGAUUCAGUCCCGCGGCUCGGCCCCGCGCUCUCCGUCGCCGGGCUCACCCGCCUCGCCCGACGUGCUGCUCAUCGAGCCCGACGAACCGAGUCCGAUAAAGCCGGAGUCCCCGCUCCGCAACGGCGGCGCAUCCCCGCGGCCCCCCUCCCCCGCGCCGCGCCCCCCGCCGGCCCCGCUCGAGGACCCGCGCGAGCCCCGCGACUGCACGUGCGGCGCCGAGCCCGACGAGCGCUGCCCCGCCGCGCGCCGCGCGCCGGUGCUGCCCGUGCACGUGCACGCGCUGCACCACGCCCACCUGCCCGGCAUCAACGGCACGAGGGCCCCCCUCCACCCCCACCAGUUCGCCGUCCGCAAGCUCACCGACCCCGACAAGCCGGACCUCUUCACCUCCAUAGUACCACUCUACAAUUAUUCGGAUUAUGCGGACGAUUAUUGCGUGAAGAACAUGUCGCGCGUCCCCCUUUGCACGCAUUUACCCUGGACGGAGUUCGCGCCCGCGCCGCCCGAGCUCGCGCCCGCGCCGGACCCGCCGCCGAUCCGUCCCUACCCCGUCGACGAGCCCGGUCCCGAAGUCAAGCCGGAGGUCGAGGAUGACGAACAGGAAGACAAAUCUCGGGAGGACAUGGAAGUGGACGCGAAGGAGGAAGUGAAAGUGGAGCCCAGUGAACGUUUGAAACCGACCGACGAGACGGUGUUAAAAGUGAUAAAGUGUGAGAGUGCCAGUGAAGUGCCGGACGAGUUCGCGAGCGAGCAGAAAGAUCACAGGACCGUGGAGAAGACGAAAAGUGCGCUCGACGGCCAGGCGUUGUACGACACGUGUCAGAGCGCGCUGCGAUCGAUAGAGUACUCGUACGGGCAGACGUUCGCCGCGCCGACCGUGACGCUGCCCGAAGAGGCCGCCGAGGUGAGUGACGCGCUGGAGGCCGCCCUCUCGGCCGCCGCCGAGGCGACAGAGCGGGACGGACGCGGCCGGCCGUCCCGCUCGGGCGCCUUCGCCGAGUGGCACGAGUGCGCGCGGCUGGGCGAGCUGGUGGCGCUGCCGUACGUGGUGAUCGACUGAUGUGAUACUGCUAGAGUGCCAAAUCUCGGCGCGGCUCCGAGCUUCCGUUGUUCCGACGUUCCAAGUGUCCUUACGUUAGUUUUAAAUGUACAUAACGGUGUUGGAUGUGUGCCCUCGAAUAUGUACAUACGAUAAUUUAGCUAAUGUAGUUAGGACGAAAUCAAUGAGACUGCUGCGGGGUGGUUUUUUAACAGUUCGUUAACUGAAGCUUUUGAGUUUGCAAAAAUUUAUUUUGUGUCGAUAGUCGCGUCACCUGAUGUGUUUAGUCAUGUAUUUAUUUUAUAUUGUUUUAGGAGUUCACCUUUUUUUCGUCUAGAAAUGCUUCAUUGAAUGUAUUGUUUAGUUAAUGUUUCAGUUGCCUAAUAUAUGUUAUGACACAUUUGUCUAAAAUGGAGUGUAGAUACAUUUUGUAAAGGCCGAAUGAUCUAACGGCGAUCGCUAUCUCAGUAAAAUACACAUUAGGUAAAAAAACAUGAAACCAAAUAAUACAUUUGAUCAAAUAUUUAGAUCUAACGGUACUCAUUUUAGGUGGAUAUAUUACGGUGGAUCGCUCUAGACUGUUGUGAUAUGAGGCGCGGUAUGGUCCGUGGGUCUACAAGGGGCCAACUAGUUUAUAAACCGAACCAAUCUAAGAUUGACUCAUAUCUAGAGCUGCCAUCCAGAUUCCCCAGAGGCCAUGCGGGUUUGGAAAAGCGUCUGGGUAAAACCCGGACACUUUGUGUUAGGGCAAUCCGUUACACCUUUAUUUUUGUAAUUAAAAAUAUAUAUUCUCAGCCUUUUGAACUUUCUUUCAGUCGGGCACUUGACACUUAUUCUGUGACUUGACUAUCUAUGGCAGCUCUUUUCAUAUCCGAAAUAAGGCUUGAAAGCCUGAAUAUAUUUGGCCAUUGCAUUAAAGUAGACCCAUUCUCUCUUAUGUGAUAAGAAUGGACUGUAUCAGCGUCCGAACUGAAUUCCAAACUGUACUUCCUUUUUUUAAUGUCAGCAGUUUGAUUUGUCUGGCUUAGCCUGAAAGCUUGAUGAGGUGGCAGAGGGUUUUUAGAGUGCUUUUGGAAUAAAAUUGUAACUGUGAUUUUAAUUCUUAAGACGAAAUUGGAAGACCGCGCUGAAUCGCCUUCACAUACACACAUAGUCGAAUUUCUAAUUAUAAUUCGAGUUACGAGCAUUUAAAAUAUUUUUUAGGGAAUUUUUUCGCUCCUAAUUCUUAUAAUAAUAUAAAAUCUAAAAGGGUCUAACGUAGGAGCACAGCUAUGGUUAAUAUACAUAAAGUAUAGUAAAGUCCUAUUAAUUAAUUUCUAUUGAUUUAUUUAUAUUGAUUUAUCUUUUUUUUAAAAGGUUCUUGUAAUGUUAGCUGACCCGUCAAGUUUAAGGCUGAAGUGAGAUGGCUGCUUCCAAAACUAUUGAUCCACCAAAUAUUUGUAUAGAAACAAAUUCCCAAAUAAGACAAAAAUCUCCAGACUGUUUCGUAUUGAGUUAUAUUGUUACCGAAUGUGAUUUAUAAAGAGAAAAAAUUAGGUAAUUAAUAAUAAUAGGAGUUCCAAUUGUAUAUUAUACAUAUAUAUUGCUAUAUCAACCAUUCUAAAUAUCAAACAAAGUUAUAAACUAGAAUUAUCAAAUAAAUUAUUCAACUAAAUUUCUUGUUAAAAAUUAUACUUCCGCUGCAAUUGAUACUUUUCUGAUAAUAAUUGGAAGUUUUUAAUUUUUAAUGAUAAAUUAAGUUAAAUAAUAGAAGACCACUGUACGAUUUGAAAUUGUUUGUUAAGCAAUUAUUUUAUAAGUAUCUCAAGUGAAUGAAAUUGGUUAAUAUUUUGUUGGCCACGUACUAUCAGUGAAAUAACUACAUAUUUUUUAUACUAAUAUGUGGUUAUGUAAGUUGUAUGUGUCAGAGUCUAGACAAAGGUCCCACUUUGUCGCUUACCAUAAGGACGAGAUUUGCUUGUAUCUUAAUACGAAUAACCUGUCAAAGCGUCCUUAUGGCUAGCGACAAAGUGGGACUUUUUGCUUGGAAACGACACAUUUUGACAUGUAUAUUACCUAUAUUACAAGUACAAUAGAAAUGAUAAUGUUAUGUUAAUAUGCACAAGGAAUAUCUCCUACCUACCUAAACAAUGUGUUCAAAAACCCUUUUAUGAUUCAACAAGUGUGUUUAAAUGCUGUUAUUUUCACUGAUAGUAUUUGGCUCGCUAUUUGUGACAUUACUGACACAUUUACUUUUGUAAUUAAUACUUUAUUUUAAUCUUCCACAUUUAAUUUUCGUCUAUCUUACUAGUCCAAUACGAAAGAGACAGAUAUUUGUCGUAAAAGCCAUAUUUCGCAUUUUAUGGCAAAACACAUUCAAAAUCUGUCAAAUGAAUGUUGUCAAUUUAUAUUAUUGUCAUAAUGACAGGGUUCCUAGUGUCCCACAAUUCACGUAUUAGUAUUUAAUUUAUAUUUCCUUUUUUUUUUUACACUCCGCAGAAAAAUCUAGUCUUACACAUAGUACACAGUUUCACACUCAAAUUAUACAUACAUAGUUACUGUAUAGCAUUUGGUUUAUACAUUUCCAUUACCCUAAAAAGCAAGCACCCUAUGUGUUUAACAUGCGUAUAUAAAUUUGUUUCAAACCAAACAAUCGCAUUUAUAUUAGUGCCUUGAAUUUAUUCUAAGAUCCGUUAAAAAAAGGAAAAUCUUCUAAAAACGCUUUCGUUCCUAAAACUAUAAUUUUAAGUGUAUACUCAUACUAUCUAAGUUUAUGAAUGUAUCAGUAAUGUUGCAACUGCCAACGAGUUGGUAAAACACGUAUUUACACCUUUCUUUACAAUUGGGACUAUCUGACAGGAUAUGAAGAUAUACACCUCUUGCUCUAACAGAUAGUGUUUCAGUUGUAAGACGGGUCGUAAAUGGGUGUCAAAGUGUGGGGUCCCGGGGUGGUGGGCACCGCCGCCGCCUGCGGGCGCGCGCGGGUCAGUGAAUCUGUCAUGACUUUUCUGUCAAUUGUUUUUGUAUUGUCGUUCUGUCUACUGGUGUGCUACAGAAAGUUUGCAAAGGUUUAGAAUGUUCUUGAAAUUGUUUCCGAGAUCAUUUUCAGCGGAAUAUUUCUGUGGUUUCUUCGGUCGCAGUUUAGAGAUAAUGUUAUUUUAAUAUUUGGAUUAUUCUCAUUGAACUGCGAUGUUAAAAUAUUGUUAUGGACCUUAUGUUACGUUUUUUUUCCUACUUGAUAGGAUAGUGGUCACAGUAGUUUUUAGGUUUCUAAGUUUAUAAAAUGUACUGGGAUGAGAAUCUGUCGUCUAUUCAAAUAAUUUUCCUAUUCAUUUUUGUUUUGGUUGAUGAAAAUCAGUCAAUUAUACAAAACCACUUGUUUUUUUUAAUAUUAUUUUUUAACAAAUCAUCAAACUAUAAUUUGUACAGUCAAUCCGUUUGCUCAAUUGCUAUAAAUACGUACAGUAUUAUCAUCGGAUUGAACUGUAUACAAAAAAGCUAAAUUAAUUGUUAUGUUUGUAAAUAUUGCAUUCCUAUUUGUUUAUUAUUUGAAAUUGUUUUACUCUUUCUCUUUUAUUUUGAAUUUAAUGUUAUGUUAUCUUAAUAGUUAUAUUGUUGGUACAAUAUCUAACCAAAUGAAUAUAAACCAUACCUAGAUGAUACCAGAAUGAGCAGCAUAUCAUAGAACAAGGAAAGUUCAUAAGAGGGACCGGUCCGGUAUCCCCUUCGAGGCUUCGAAAACCCUACCGGUAUUUCGUAAGGCUUUGCUUACCAAAGCAGUUGCUAACUAAAACCCUUUCAUUUGGCUUUUUUAGCGGUUCAUAAUACGGGGAACCGCUAACCGCUUGAAGAGGUAUCGAUUAUAAACUAUAACGCAUAUGCAAUUUUCAAUUUUUCCUUCGUAAAAAUAGAAUCAAAUGUAUGAAUGAUUAAAAUGAAGGACUGAGUGUCUACCGCGUUGACAGCACAAGUGUCAUAUUUUUUUAAGUGAAAACUUCUGUAGCGGCGCUGUGCACUUUUUGUUAUGGGGAAAAAAAUGUUAAACUCACUACAGGUCACGUGACCGACAGAUUCGUCAGAUUGAAAAUUCGUAAGACGGACACGUGACCUGAUCGAAAAACUGUUACAAUGUCAUUGAAGCCAGUAGACUGCCGGCGCGGCGAAGGAGAGGAAGUAUUGUAUUUUAUCACAUAAAUGAUAGUACUUUUAUACUGAUAAUUAAAGCAAUUCGUGCAAAAUUAUUCCUUAACCAUUCCAAAAAAGUUUUUACUUCUGCCGGCACUGCCGGAGUGCAACCCGUUGUUUUUAUUUUUUAUUAGGAAGGGGAUACCCUUUUAUUUUAGCGGUAUCUCUGGUAGGAAACCCCUUCCUAGAGCUAAGUCAAAUGAACGGGUAAGCAAUUCAAAGGGAAAGCCAAUCGUUGGGGCUAUUCGAUAAACAACUAUGCCAUUUAAAGGCUUUUUUCUGGGAAGGGGUGGAUGGGUCCCUGGUCCAUAGGACAUUUUGUAUGAUUUGGACCUUUGUUUUAUGAUAUGUCGUAUUCUCGCUCUUUUCCUCUAUUGGUACCUUUUUAGGCCCAACUCAUAACCAUUUUAUAUAUUAAUUGAAAGCUUAGUGUCGACACAGAUUGCACAUUAUUUAUAAUAAAUCACGGUUCAACUGUAAUUUUAAACAUUCAUUUCAAUUUAGUCUGUGUAGAUCCUAAGUUACUGUUAAACAGCCAUCGUUAACCCCUAUUCCAGGCCGCACCAAUCUACAAGGUUUUCCCAAAAAUCAAAAUAUAUUCCAAUUAAUCCGCCUUUGAUGAUUCAGUUGAAGACAAGUAACAUUUCCUGAAAGUGUAAUCUAAUUUGAACGUUAAAUCGGAAUGCUAAAGUUGAAAUUCUAAUGGCGCGUAUGUGGUCGAUAAAUCGUACUAUGCCUGGAAAAGGGUUAAUACAGUUAAUUGAGCAUUUGUAAGCCUUAUUGCAACGUAGUAAGGACUACCAAUGGUCAUUUAACUGUUAACGUUUUUGCAGACCGCACUAAUCUACGUUUUCCCAAAAAAACAGCCUAAUUUGUACCUUAAAUGGUAUUGCCAAGGUUGAAAUUCUAUUGGAGCGUAUGUGGUCGAUAAAUCGUACUAUGCCUGCGGUGGCAGCAUGGUUCCAUUUUUAUCGCCUGUUACUAUGCCCGUCACUUUCGUGCUUACAUACUUGUUAGAACGUGACAAGCAUGGUGCUACCGUGCGUAAUGCGACCGUGCUACCGCCGCUGCAAUAGGGUUUAAGCUGUUUUUUUAUCCCAGAUUAUACAAGACGGUUAGAUUGGCCAAUCCUGCAUCAUCAUGCCAAUUUUGUACAGUCUUUAAUAUCUGAGGUAUAAAAGGAUUAGAUUAUUAUGACAGAUUCACUGCGCCUUGCGUAUUAUUGGCCUUAAGGGGCGCCGCCGCGCGCGGGGCUUGGGUAGGAUAGAUGGACAUCCGCUAAUGCCUUGCUGGACGAGCUCCAAGAAUUUGGUAAAUACAAAAGCAAAAUAUAUGUGUUUUUAUUACGA